AUGUCUCCCAGCCUGCAGGAAGGGGCUCGGCAUGGGGAAAGCAAGCCCUCGCCCUGCUCCUUUUCAAUUGAGAGCAUUUUAGGAUUGGACCAGAAGAAAGACUGUGUUCCAUCAAUGAAACCCCACAGGCCCUGGGCAGACACCUGCGGCUCCUCAGGGAAAGAUAUUAACCUAUGUGUACAUAUCCCGAGCCUUCCUACCGGGAGCUCAUUCCCUUGUACUGUGGAUCGCCCAGUGCCAGAAGAAAGAUUUUUGAAAUAUGAAAAUUACUUUUCGCCCUCAGAAAGACUGUCUUUGAAAAGAGAACUGAGUUGGUAUAGAGGACGAAGACCAAGAACUGCUUUUACUCAAAACCAGAUCGAAGUGUUGGAAAACGUCUUUAGAGUAAACUGCUAUCCUGGCAUUGAUAUCAGAGAAGACUUAGCUCGAAAACUGAAUCUAGAGGAAGACAGAAUCCAGAUCUGGUUCCAAAAUCGGCGUGCAAAGCUGAAAAGGUCCCAUAGGGAAUCACAGUUCCUAAUGGCGAAAAAAAAUUUCAACACGAAUCUCCUGGAGUAG